CCUGGGUGUACUGGGCAGGGAUAGCACUCAUCAGGCUCCACCCAUCCUCUCAGCAAGCAGGAGGAGAGCAGUGCCUUGCAGUUUUAUACUGAACUUCACUGUGCUGGAGCUGUGGGGGGGCUUUGACAUGAGGCGUCCCCCCACUAAACAACAAUAACAAGCCCUGAUCCUCUCUCUCUGAAAGUUCUUUUAUAGGAAUAAGCCCCAUGCCAGCCAAAGGAAAGACAGACUGACCAAUCAUCGCAGGGAGAAGGGACAACCGGCAAGAUGAACGGUUUGGCGUUCGAUGACAGCUCCUUGGACCAGCUGGACCCGUCCCUGUGCCUCCAUGAGAGCAGCGACAUCGACAAUGCCCUGCUGAGCGACAUCGAUGAUAUGCUCCAGCUCAUCAAUAACAAUGAAAACGAUUUUGGGUUCUUCGAUGCAUCGUUUGGCGCAGUCAAUACCCAGGCCCAGGAGCCCGCUGCUAAAGUGGACCUCGCAGUGGACCUGGCAGGAGGGACCGCCCUCAGCUCCCUGGAAGGGUUACUGGCCGCACCUACCGCCUCCACCCCCAUGAAGAUGUUCCCGCUGUCCACUCCAGGUUUCCACAGCCCACCGGCUGCCACCCUGCCUCAGGACAAUCGCAUGCACCAGCUGAAGCUCGGUUUACAGAGCAUGGCGAAGGAUGAGCCCAUGCAAAUCUCCCCCACCCAACAGCAUGUCCAGACCAAGCUACAGGCCCCUCCCACAACCCAGCAUCUGCAGGGCAUGCUAUUCGGGCAGAGCUUGGUUACAGCUUCGCAGCCUCGGUUUAACAACCAGCCUGUGCCUGGAUACCAAGAGCAGAGCGCUGAGCCAGCUACACAAGUGGUCUCCACCCCUCACAGCACAGCAAGUCAACCUUUGCAGAGCAUCACAGGUCAGCCUCUGCAGAGCAUUGCAAGUCAGCCUGUACAGAACGUGGCCAGCCAGCCGCUGCAGAGCAUUGCCAAUCAACCUCUGCAGAGCGUCGCAUCACAAGCUCCGAUCGUGCAGAGCGUGGCCGCCCAGCCUCUGCAGACGCACCCUUCUCCACAGAUCCAGCAGUCUCUGACCUUCCACGCACACAGCAUCCCUUCUCAGCAGUUCCUGACCACCACCAGCGGCGGCACUUCCAUAACCCAGCAAAUCCAGCAGGUGCCGGUUCUGCUCCAGCCUCAUUUUAUCAAGGCGGACUCUCUGGUCCUUACAGCGGUGAAGACGGACUCGGCAAUGAUGUCAGGCAUCAAAACAUCGCCAACCACCACAACCAUCCAGACUACGCCUCUGCAGAUGCCGACCUUGAUGAGUGGCGGGGCCAUAUUAACCACAGUGCCGUUCAUGAUGGAUCCCGAUAAGCUGCCUAUCAACCGUCUAAAUGCCAAUGGAAAGAUGGCUAUGUUGAACGGCAAGGGAGAAAAACGUACUGCGCACAACGCCAUCGAGAAGCGUUAUCGAUCCUCCAUCAACGACAAGAUCCUUGAGAUGAAGGACCUUGUGAUGGGAACUGAGGCCAAGCUGAACAAGUCAGCCAUUUUGAAAAAGGCCAUUGACUAUAUUCGAUAUCUGCAGCAGAGUAACGUCAAACUAAAACAAGAGAACAUCAUGCUCAAAAUGGCUGCCCAGAAAAACAGCACAUUGAAAGACAUUGUGGCGGGUACAGGGGUUAAUAUGGACAGCGUGAAAGCCGAGAUGAUGGAUGUCCUAACGCCACCCCCUUCGGACGUGGGAUCCCCAUUGCAUACUGGCAGUCCACUAUCCCAGUGUAAUAGUGACUCCGAGCCAGACAGCCCCUUCACUGAUGAAGCCAAGGUGCAAGUCAAGCAGGAACUCCCAUCUCCUCCUGGUACGGGGAUGUUGGACCGCUCUCGCAUGGCGCUCUGUGUCUUUGUCUUCCUCUGUCUCUCUUUCAAUCCUCUGUCAUUUCUGAUGGGUGGUUCCAGGAACCAAGAGGCCCCGGAUGUUGCUGGGUUUCAUGGUAGUGGGCGAAGCAUGCUGGAACUACCUUCCCCUGAGGGCUCUUCAUGGUUCAGCUGGUUUACUCCAUCUGUUCUCCUUUGGCCUGUAAACCUGAUGAUUGUCCUGUGUGUCUUCAUUCGCCUCUUUAUUUAUGGUGAGCCGGUCACACGGCUACAUUCCGAGUCCUCGGUCCAGUUCUGGUGUCACCGAAAACAAGCCGAUGUUGAUUUAUCUCGGGGGGACUUUGCCCAGGCCUCGCUUCACCUUUGGAAAGCCCUGAAAGCUCUGGGGCGACCUCUCCCUACAUCUAACUUCGACCUUUGCUGCAGCCUAACGUGGAGCGUCAUACGCUACGUCCUUCAGCGGCUGUGGGUGGGCCGCUGGUUAGCGGGGAGAGCCGGAGGAUUCCGCAGGGACCACCAGCUGAAGGACGAUGUGAGGAAGAGCUGCAGAGAGGCUGCCCUGGUGUACCACCGCCUGCACCAACUGCACAUGACGGGGAAACAUGCAGGGGGUCAUCUGUCUGCCAUCAACAUGGCGCUGAGUGCUGUCAACCUGGCAGACUGCGCGGGUAACACCAUCUCGGUAGCCACACUGGCGGAGAUCUACGUGGGAGCAGCAUUGCGUGUCAAAGCCAGCCUGCAUCGACGCUUCCAUUUCCUGGCGCGCUUCUUCCUAUGCAGCGCCCGCCAGGUGUGCCUGGCACAGAGCGUCACCAUUCCUCCCGCCAUGCAGUGGCUGUGCCAUCCUCUGGGCCAUCGCUUCUUUGUAGACGGGGACUGGAGUGUGCGGAGCUCCCCCCGGGAUACCAUCUACAGUACAGCUGGCAGUACAGUGGACCCUCUGGCUCAGGUGACUCAGGCUUUCCGUGAACAUCUCCUGGAAAAGGCUUUGUAUUGUGUGGCGCAGCCGGAACAGGAAAAACCCAUGGCUGAUGGCGAGGGGGAGUUCUCCGAUGCUCUGGAGUAUUUACAGCUACUGAAAGGGUGCUCAGACAACGCCGCUGUGCCCAACCACAUCUUUUCUAUCAGCUCCAGCAUGACCGCCGUCACAGGAACCGACCCCGUGGCCAAGUGGUGGGCCUCCAUCAUAAUCGUGGCUAUCAACUGGCUUCAGGGAGAUGAUGAAGCAGCGCAGGGUCUCUAUCCAGUGGUAGAAUACAUGCCGAAAUCUCUUCACGCCACAGAAAACUCUCUACCUAAAGCUGCCCUGUAUGCCUUCAAAGCAGUAAGGAUGCUCCUGGGGAAGCAGGACAGCACUCAGGUCAGCCUGAGCCAAUGCGAGAAGGCCAGCGGAUACCUGCGAGACAGCCUGAACUCCAGUCCUUCCAGUAACGCCAAUGUAGACAAGGCGGUGCAGCUCCUAAUGUGUGACCUUCUCCUGGUGACCAGGACGAACAUCUGGCAGCAGCAACAGCAGAACUCGACGGGGCAACAGCCGAGUCUUAUCCACCCUGCGUGCCCCCAGGAGCUCAGGGGCUUCCAGCUGGAUCUGAGCAGCCUGCGCCGACUGGCACAAUCCUUCCGACCCGCCAUGCGCAGGGUCUUUCUACACGAAGCCACAGCUCGACUCAUGGCGGGGGCCAGUCCAACGCGAACGCAUCAGUUGCUGGACCGGAGUCUGCGCAGAAGGGUACCUCUGUCUAGUAAAGAAGCAGGCACCCGAGAAGCUGCGCCGACCACGCGGGAGCACGCCGAAGCCCUCCUCCUGGCGUGCCGCUACCUGCCUCCAUCAUUUCUGUCUGCCCCAGGGCAGAGGGUGGGCAUGCUGGCCGAAGCUGCCCGGACUCUAGAGAAGCUCGGCGACAAACGCACCCUGCAGGACUGUCAGCAGUUCAUCCUGACUCUGGGCAGCAGCACGGCUGUGACCUCCAGCUAGGACCACACGGCCUCCCGCCAAACGGAUUUCUUGCGAAACGCGUCCAGUGAUCACUGGAUCACUUCUCAGUAUUUUGCUUCUACAGACUCCACAGAAAUCAAUGAAGAGGAGGCCACAUUUACAUGGCUGUGAUUUUUCCACAGACGGCAUUUCAAAGUGUACCUGUUGCCUAGACAAAGCGGAAGCGGCCAUUUUUUUAUUGACGGGAAACCAGUGUCAUGAGGUGGAAGCAUAAAGCUGAGCGAAGCACAGCCUGGGCCAAGUAAUAAGCUGCCGAUUGCUUGGAACGGACCGGCCGGAAAGCCUAUAGAAAUUGGGCAAGUCUAGGCCACAGCGGCACCACGAUGAAUACAAUAUAAUCACAAAUAAUUCAGCUUCAAUCUACCGUUAUGCAUAUAAAGUAUUUUUACACAA